AUGAUCGAGAACAAGGAUCUGCUCCAACCCUACUACGAAACAAAGUCCGUCGGUCAGCUACCGCUCGCCGAGUGCUACGGAUUCUUCGUUACGGAUAAAGGAUGGCGGGUGCUAGCCGACGUGUGGACCACGGAAUGUGGAACGAAAGUAAAGAAACGACGAAAGAGGGAUAUUGUUAGGAUGGAACUCGACACACCGUUCUUGAACCAACGAUCGCUGCGGAAUAUUGUCGUGGCAAAGUCGGGAGAUGGUGUUGUCGACUUUCUUCUAGAGGAGCUCCAUCACAACUCUGCCCGUUUAUCAACCGCAGUAUUCACGUUGAUUUUCAUAAUUUUACGGUGGAUACUGUAG